GGGCUGCUUCAGUGCUCCUCAGUCUGCUGCAGCCGUGCAACGCUGCACCUUCCCUCGCCUCCUGCGCUUGUUCUUCGAGGCCUCGGGGGCCCCCCCAGCAUGAAGCAGGCACCAUGGGCUUUCUGGAAAACUACCAGGAGAUCGACCCGGUCACCCUGAACCUCUGCAUCCUCAUCGCCAGCUACGUCAUCCUGCUCCUGGUCUUCCUCAUAUCGUGUAUCAUGUACGACUGCCGGGGCAAAGAUCCCACCAAGGAGUACGCCCCGGACCCGGUGCCGACCCAGUCCCCCGUCAGGCUGGUGGUGAUGCAGACCUCCCCGGCCAUGAAGGGGCGGUGGGACGCGGCCAACAUGAUCACGAGCUACCACGAGCCGACGGAGUCGGACUUCAGGGAGAAGAAGAGCACGAUGGUCUGAGGG